AUGAUUCGCCAUCAUGAAUACAACAAUACCAUUGCCAAUGGGCAAGGAUGGUUUGCGGCGGUGGAAGUCGCUGAAUCACCAGCUAGACGUGCCCAGCGUCGUUUCUCCAAGGCCCACCGCCGUUGUCCGGCUCCCGAUAUGGUCGUUUCCAAUCCCGAGGCCUUGGACGGAAGCACGAAUCACACUGAACGCCGCUACAUGUUCCAGGAUUACUACAAGAAGUGUAAGGAACAGAUGUCCAAGGCUGUGGUGUACGAAGAAGAACACACGGAGUUGCAGGAACUGAAGCGAAACAAAGUCAAACGCAACCAACACAGGAAGGUAGACAUCAUUGUCGUCAACCCGUCAAACGAGUACUUCAGUGACGUCACCAACGACGAAGCCAUCAUCGGACACGAAGAGGAGGAGGACGACGAGUCGUUCUUCCAGCUCGCGGUGAAGGAUCCCGCGGAGGAGUUUGUUUCCGCACUUUAUUCCGGGGUCAGCGACGGAAAUGAGUCGGACAGUGGGGACGAGGAUUCGAUUCUUGUCUGUGCUGUGGAAACUCUACUUAACUGUGAUGAAGAACAAGACACGAGGACGAGUUAUGAUAAUCGGGAUGAUUUUAACGAAAUUCCUGAUGUUCUGAACGUUGACUGUGAAUGCUCUGAUUUAGAAAACGAAAAAUGGUUGGUUCAGCUUCUCAAGACCGAAGCUCGACCUCGCGUUAGGUCUUACCCUGGCCCACGAACAGCUCGUCGGUAUGAAGAUAUUGACUGGGGUGCGGUGGACUGGAGCAAGCCGCACUUCCACAAUGAGCGUGAGGUUUAGAAGGAAUUCUCGGGAAAUAUCCGAAUCCGAAGUUACAAACAAAAGGAACCGAUCGAGAAAAGGCUCACAAGCCAUUCGCCAAGAGAGAAAAUUAAACAGAAUCAAAGCAAACAUAUAAAUGAAUUCAUUCAGAAACAGAAUGCUUCGUAAUGUAGGAUGAGUCUUCAUUAUUGU